AUCAUCAUUUUUCACUUCAGGUUCAAUAGAUUAUUAUUAAGUUAACAUUUUUGAUAUUCUUGGUAUUCCAUAAAUUUUGAGCGCUAAGUGUAUCCGUUUUGUCUUCUUGUUUGGAACAUAGAAUUCAAACUAUUUAAGGACAUGAGUAAACAGAAAGUUUUUGUCACCAGGAGUGAUUUUCCCAAAUGUGCAUUCACAUUGUUGAGUGAAAAAUUUGAUGUAGAAUGUUACCCUUUUCCUGAAAAGAUUACAGAUAAGUAUUUGCUGGAUCACAUAAAAGGGGCAGGCGCUCUAUUCUGCCAAUCAACGGAUGACAUAAAUGAAAAAGUAUUAGACGCAGCAGGACAACAAUUAAAGAUCGUCGCCACAAUGUCUUUGGGAUUUGAACACAUUGAUAUUUCUGCGUGUAAGAAAAGAAAUAUCAUCGUCACUAAUGAUGCCAAUCCUGUAUAUGUUUCCAUUGUUGCUGAAUAUACUGUCGGAUUGCUGCUGACAGUGGCCAGAAGAUUCAUUGAAGCUGAUGCAGCUGUACGAAGAGGUGAAUGGACGAAAGUUUGGGACCCAACUUGGUUAGUUGGAAGAGGCCUCGUAAAUUCAACUAUUGGUAUUGUUGGUAUGGGCAGAAUAGGCUUGGCAGUUUUAGAAAGAAUCAUGGCAUUCAAAAUAAACAAAGCUUUAUACUAUGAUGUCUAUAAACCAAUAGAAAAAGCUGAAGCUCUUGGAGCUCACUAUGCCUCAUUUGAAGAACUUCUAAAAGAGUCAGAUUUUGUGAUAGUGAACUGCAACCUGACAGAAGAAAACAAGGGACUCUUGGGAUCGAAAGCUUUCUCUCUUAUGAAAUCGAAUGCUGUGUUUAUCAACACUAGCCGAGGUGGAAUAGUCGAUCAAGAAGCCUUGUUUGAAGCUCUAAGAAAUAGACAGAUAAGAGCCGCUGGUAUAGAUGUUAUGUAUCCGGAACCUUUACCUCCUGACCACGCCCUUCUCUCUUUACCAAAUUUAGUGGUGACACCCCACAUAGCUGCUUCUGAAGAAUUAGCUCUCAUGAGAAAUAGCACUAUAACAGCUGAAAACAUCAUUGAAGUUUUAGAAGGUCGACCACCUUUAACUCCUGUAUUCUAAUUAUCAAUGCUUUAAUAAAAUAUUUUCUAAAUUUAA